AUGACAUGUCACUUCGAUAAUCAUGCCGAAAAAUUUCUUGUGACCAGAGGGUAUAUCAGCGAACUCCAAAAGAGAAUUUUGUCGCUUGAGCAAGGCAGACAGGCUCCCGCUUCACCUUCGGCGGCUGGUGACGAGCAAGCAGAUUCCGACCGGGAGUCAGAUAUUGAAAUUAGUGACGACGACGAGCUCGCCAACAACACCACGGACGACACCCUCGGUGGGGUAGAUGAAAAUCUACUCCAGCAGCAACCAGAGAGGCCAGCUCCUGCAGCACCACCAAAACCGCCCGAGGAAGAACAAUCCAGAAGCUCCUCCGAGACGUCCCUUAUGAACCCCCUUGCGCUUGGCUUUACAAGCUAUUUCUCCGACACCAGCGGCAGGCCGAUCUAUCUGGGGACAUCGUCCAAUUGGUCAUUCGGCAGAAGAGUUCUUGCAAUGGUACAUGAAAAAGUCCUACGAGCGCCUCUUCCUCCAGAGAAUCUGCUGUUCGAGGGCAAGUCCUACGACCUGGGUUGGGAUGGAACACGACAUCUGCGCACGGCGGCACUGUCUGAAGUUCCAGCACUACCCUCCGCUGACUUUGCAGUGUACAUCAUCAAUGCGGUCAAGUUCCACUGUUGCCAGCUCUUUCACCUGUUCGAGGAAGAAGGGUUCAUGCAACAAUUUUCACAGUUUCAGGAGAACCCCCCGCAGGUGAUGCGCUCUCCGGACCUGUGGUGCAUCCGCUAUCUCCUCAUCCUCGCCUUUGGGAAGGCGUUCGUCGGCCAAGGCAGCAAAGGUCGCAGGCCCCUAGGAGCCUAA